AUGUCUGCGAAGGCGUCACGGCGGUGCAAUCGGCUGAUCGUUCUCUUCAGCUCCAUCAACGAUGUGACGGCGUGGCCCUUCUGGAAGUUCCUGCAGAUGAAGAAGGUGAAGGGCGUGACGGACCUCUCGAUUCUCGCCUUCAACAGCCAGGGCGGCAGCUUCGAAGCGCGCAUCGACGGGCAGGAGUACACGCUGAAGAACUACGAGAGCGUCGCCGGUUACCGGCAGGACAUGCUCGAGCGCUUUCUCCACCGCUGGUACGACCCGGGCCGUAGCUACUUCGUCUACGGUGGCCACGGCAUGGGCGACUACCUUGAGCUUGAGAAGAACACAAUGGGACUGCAGUGCCACGAGCUCGCGGCCAUACUCGGGGACAAGAAGUUUGAGGCUAUCGUGUUUGACGCCUGCUUCAUGGCGAGUCUUGAGUGCGCGUACCACCUGCGCCACAAUACGCGCUACAUUGGUGGCUGCGAGGGGUAUCUCUGGGAGCCCGACACGAGCCUCGACCACCACGUCUUCAACACGUACACCGCAUCCGCGAUGAGCCGCUUCCGUGACCCGAAGCACAUCCUCCUCGCGGUGCAGCGUGACUACUGCAGUAAGUCACCACUCGCCGACUUCGCAGUGCUUGACACCACACACGUGGAGGCGCUGCGGAACUACGUGGAGGAGCACGUGGUGCAGCGCGUGUACGACCGCGCCACGUUCUACAACAUCCAGCAGCAGCACAAACUGAGCAGCCUGGCAGAGGAGGCGCUGCAGACGACGCUGCAGAGCACAAACAGCGACAUCAAGACGCCAUUAUCGUCACCGGAUACAGUGGCAUUCCGGGCUAUGGCAACAAAAGUGCAAAAUAAAAAACUAGCAAGGAAGCUGCAGCUGCAGCAGUCCGUUCAAUUUGAGCACGCCUUGUACCCAUCGGAGACGAGCGACAAGUACAUCCUCGAUCUCAAGUCGUACCUUACCGACAUGGCCCGUGAGGAGGAGGAGGCCGCCGUCAUGUCUGUGAGCAGCGCAGUCGCAGCAGCAGCAGCAGCAGCAACCGGCACCGCCGCACCACAGCUCCCACGCACCGCCGUUGUCGAGGCGCAGGGAAGCCUACCACCAGAGAAACGCCACCAUCCGCGCUUUGCAAAAGGCAGCGCGCACGAGGGUCUCGAAUUGUUCAACCGCGUCGUCAUUAAUCACACACCACCGGAGAACAAACACAUUUAUGCCUCGCACCUCGGUGGCCUGUCUUUUCCUGUGUACGAGUUUAGCACCAUGUCAAAGCCCCUGCAUCCGUGGAAGGGCGUCAACAAGGACAAAUUUAUGCAGAAGGCGAAGGAGUUCUUGCGUCGUGGCGCAGUGCAGGAGGUACAGAUGAGGGAUCGAAGCAACAUCAGCAAAACCAAAAGCGACAAUCUCACGCGUGAAACGGAAGCUGGUGUUUGUGCACCUUCAUCGGUGUCUUCGGCAUCAUCCUCGGCGCCGCCGCUGCCAGCCGCGUACCUCCCACUCUUGUGCCACAAUAGCAAAAUCAACACCCCUACUGGUGGUGGAGUGCCAGAACCGAGACAUUUCAAGAUAAAUCAAUGA